UGGGGGAGAAGAGACUUUAGAAAACAGCCACACACACGCAUUCACAGCGGCUCCAUAUGACACGGUGCGGACCUGCGGAUUUCCGACACCUAUUUAUUUUUUUAAACUUUCAUUUAAUUUAGAAGUGAUCUUACACACAUUUAAAUUUCCUUUUUUUUAUCCCGGGACUGGCAUAAUGUGCGCGUCUUUUGAACUUUAGAUGCUUGGAUGGUUUAAGGAGCGCUCCCAAGUGCGCAAAAACGUGCCUACUGCCAUUCAAGCGGCUGAUGCCCCCCUCUCUGUCUGAGUCGCAGUGAAUCAUGUCACGCCGGAAGCAGAAGCGACCCCAGCAUCUAGUUAACGCGGAUCCGGGGGGCCCAAGGCUGCUAUCUCACGAUGAUCAUCUGGGCAUGAAAUCACCAUCCACAUCUCUUGGCUCAGAAGUGACCUCGUCGGGUUCCUCCUCCUCAUCCCCCACCUCUCUCCGAGACUGCCAGCCGCCUCUGGCCCCUCGCCCAUCCCCUGGUGGGCUCCACGCGCCCUCCUUACCCAGCGAGAGCUCGCCUCCUCCCCACUGGCCCAGCCACAUUGCUCCCUUCACCACCUCCCUCCCAAACACCCACUCUUCCCUCUCCCCAGACUUUCCUCACCCCUCACUGUCAUCCCAGACUCACUCACCUCCUCCCCUGGGUCAAACCUCAGGUUCCCACAGCCUGUCCCACCAAGGAAACUCUCACUCCACCAUGACGUCCCCACCGAUGGGCAGCUCAGCCACCACCACUACCUCCUCCUCUUCCUCCUCCUCGUCUUCUCAGUUUGUGCCGCUGCACCGCGACAGCUCCAGUCCAGGUCAUCAGCAGCCCUCCAGCUCUCCGGGGCACCAGGGACAGAUCCAUGUGUCGCCAACCCUGGCAGUACUCCUAGAGGAGCUGAGGAUUUUACAGCAGAGGCAAAUCCACCAGAUGCAGAUAACAGAGGAGAUCUGUAGGCACGUUUUGAGGCUCGGAGGCGCCGUCUUUGGCCAAGAUAACACACAGGCCAGUGGGGACAGCAACCGGAAGUCUAAAGGAGCAGCAUCUUCCUCACCAACACACCCCUCCACUGCCACACCAGUAUCCACAGCCUCAUUGCUUUUGACUGGCCUUCCAUCUUCCCUCUUUCCCCAGCCCUCUGUCUCUAAAUCAGGUGCUUCACAUGUUAAUGGCAGCAGAGCUCAAUCCUCCUCUACCUCAUCUAUUUCAUCCAAUAUCAGCUCCUCUGUUGCCUCCCUGCACCCUCUGUCCUUGUCGCUGGGCCUACCACCGCGCUACCUCCACGAGAAAUCAUCCAACACCUCCUCGUUUGGUCAAAGCAAUGGUAUCAGUUUCCAGACUCCUCCCCCCCUUCCAACCACCAGCCACUCCCAGGAUCUCCAGCCCAGCUCCUCUCUGGGCUCUGCGUCCUCAGCAGGACGUCCUCAACAUAUGUGCCGUUUUUGUGGGAAGGUGUUAAGCAGCGAUUCAUCACUCCAGAUCCAUCUGAGGUCGCAUACAGGUGAAAGGCCCUAUCAGUGUCCAGUCUGCUUGAGCCGUUUUACAACCAGGGGAAACCUCAAAGCCCAUUUCUUGCGACACAGAGAGCAGAACCCAGAGCUGUCCCUCUCCCUGCUGCCACCAGCAUUAUCAGAUCAACCACUGAGUGUUCCUGUCCCUACCCAGAGGAGAAGAAAACGGCGAGCUGAUGAUGAUGAGUCAUUUAAUGGAGUGAAAGGAAGCAUUCCAGGGAUGGCAGAGAACAUGGCUUUAGGAUUCCUGUCGGGUGCAUCCGCCCGGCCCUCGCCUUCCUCUCUACCUCUGCCGCCGUCAGUGGACAUGGCGUUGUUAUCCACAGCCCACUCAUUGCUACAGCUGAACAGAGCCUCGGCUGCAGCUGCUGCCAACGCAUCCAGCACUGGACUGCCUUCUUCCUCUUCGUCUUCCUCCUCCUCCAUGGGCAGCCAGUUCAAAGGAGCAAAGCAGCAGCGAUUUGAUGAAAACACACCUCCUCACUCUGCCCUCCAUACAGCCUCCCCAUACUCCCAACUGGCCCACCUCCCCAAGAUUCUCUUCCCUGAAGGUACCUCCCCUCACCACCUUGCACUUCUCCGGCCCCCAGGCCAUCCAUCCGCCUCACACCUCACUUCGCCUCAUCAGCUACCCUUCCCGUUUCCACCUUUCCCCAAACCAUCAACCUCUUCAUCCUCUCCCACCACCUCUACCCAAACUUCAGACACCUCCAAGUUGCAGCGCCUUGUACAGAAGCUUGAAAAGGGGGCCUCUUCUUCCUUCAGCUCCGCACAAACCCUUGCUGAAGCACAUGGCGACACACACGGCCAUGACCUGUCCACCACUUCCAGUGCCUAUCGCAGGGAAAUGUUGGCUGCUCUCGGCCUGAGCCCAAGUACCAGCCAGGGAGUCUCAGGCACUACCAUGACUACUCAUUCUCUGCCUAGCGCCCAGGCUGCUAAUCAGUGUGGAGUGUGUCUGCGAGUCCUCAGCUGCCCCAGAGCGCUGCGUUUGCACCAAGCCACACAUCUGGGAGAGCGCCCGUUCCCUUGUAAGCUGUGUGGCCGUUCCUUCUCCACGAAGGGAAGCCUCAGAGCCCACCUGGCCACUCACCGUGCAAGACCGGCUAACUCCCGAGCCUUGAACUCCUGCCCGUUGUGCCCACGCAAAUUCACCAAUGCCUUGGUUCUUCAACACCAUAUCCGCUUGCACCUGGGAGGGCAAAUACCUCCUGAUGGAGAUAUGCCAGCUGAAGACGCAGACGAAACGGAGAACGCUGUCUUCAAUGAGCGUGAGAAUAACUCCCCUUCUAAAACUCAACAACUCCUUCCUCUGGCCUUAACAACACGCUCCAAGUCUCCAAUUGAUGCUCUAAACUCAGGGUCCACUUCUAAGAAAUCCACAGCUGCUGAUGCCACUUCUGUGAAGACAGAGGAAUCAGAGGGCUCAACACCCAGUGUUAGCCCACCCCUGACCCGUAAUCCCCCCUCAGUGGGAGCCGAGGACCCCCUGCGUCUGAGAAACAACACCCUAGCUGAUGGUAGCCCCAUGAACUCUGAGGAGGAGACCCAUGCUGACCUGGGCAGCACCAGCUCAUUAAAAGCACCCAUAGCUAGUUCUCAUCCAGCUGUAGUGAACGGAGAUGCGGAGGCAGAUGACGCCCCUCUAUCGCUCUGUGUUUCAAAGCCUCGAGUAGAAAAUGAGAGGCUGGAUACGGGGGUUAAUAACGAUGAAGCCUGCUCCACAGACAAACCUACCACAAGUCCGGAUUCUAGCCCCAAACCCCCAGCUGCAAAUGCUUCACCUGCACUCACCCCCCCUGCCAGCCCCAAAACUACCCCCGAAGCAGAAGAGGCCUGUGGCAGUGUACCACAGGAGGCACAAAAGACAGAUGCUGCCCAAAGCAAUGGCAAGAGUGAGACCACCACACCCGGAGAGCCUUUGCCAGUCCCGGAUCCAGAGCCGGAGAAGGAUGCUCCAAUGGAGGAGGGUAGUAGAGUGCAAGAAAAGCCUGCAGAGGACCCAGAGCCCUCUGUCCCAGCACCAGCUCAGCCUCCUCGCUCUGACAAACCCUACAGCUGCUCCCAGUGUGGAAAGGCAUACGCCAGCCGUAGCGGACUUAAGGGCCAUAUGAAAACUCACCCUGGAGUAUUGACCAACACCCCUUCCAAGGCUCAAACCAAUGACACAGACAUUGUGGAGGAUCGCAGCUCACAUGCAACCAAUAAGAAUCGGGUACAGAAGGAAGAAGAGCAGGGAUUGGCUAAAUCCCCCGAGAAAGGUGAUGCCACAGAUCCUCUACCAAUCAGUGUUGUUUCUAGUGUGGCGGGCGAGCCUAUGGACACUACUGUGUAGAGUUAGUUUCGUUAAGUGGCUGCAGUCAGUCUUUAAGAAGGGUCCUGACAAGGGAAUGUAUUUUUAUUUUUUAUUUUUUUUUGAUAGAAUGAGAAUCGUUUUCUAGAGUUAUUGAUUCUAAUUCAUGUUUACCUUUUGUAUUAGGUAGAUCGAUUUAGUUUGUAUUGUAGUCCCAUUGCAAGAGAUUUGUGAAUGUAGUGUCUUAGCUAUGUAUUUUUGUAUUUCAAAGACCACAGUGAGGCCUUAUCUUACACACUUCACAGAAUUGUCACAAUGAGAAUUACUUGUUUGCGCUUUUCUUUUUUUUUUUGCUGACACCUAUUUUCAGCACGUACUGUAUAAGUUGAUUUGAAUAAGAGGGACGGUCCAGCAUUUCACAAGAUUAACUCCAUACCAAAACAGGCCAAAAAUUUGUAAUGGCCAAUGUUUGUAAAUUUGUGCUUCCUUUUACAUUUAAUGCCUUUUUAUUGUUACUUUCUUCUUUCCUUUGUUUAAUGCCAUGCUGCUCAAAGCAUGUUUCUGAUGUGCUGACUUGCACUGUGAGUUGCACUGUGUCCUGUGCUGACGAAACAUCUUAAACACGUUAGCAAUGAUGAUAACCACGAUGACGAUAAUAAUGAUGGCGAUGAUUGUGUUACUACUUUUGUGAACAGUCCUGGUACUUCUAGCUGUAAAAUUUGCUGAUACUGAUGAUUGUAAAUGUUUUUUUCUUGUUGACGCUAUCUGGAGUGUCAAACUGACAAUAAGGAUGAGCCCUGUCCGUUAUAGUCCCCUCCUGCUUUAUCUUUCCUCCCCCCCCCCCCUCUACCCCCUGCUCUCCUCUCUCAAAGCACUUGAGAGUUUUCUGCUCCUGCAGAAAUUGUCUGCACUCACUGCAUUCCUGCUUUGCCCAGUUUAGUAUUUGUAUGCUUUGUAAACCCUUUUCUUGUAGCAAUGACAAAAUAUGUUCCCAUCCCACCCAUGUGAUGUACAAAAGAUAAAUAAAACAAUGGUGAUGUGAAGAGGAGAAGUUUGUUGCUUAUCUGUGUUUUUUUUUUUUUUUGGGGGUUCA